CAAGUGAAGAACCUUAAAAAGUUGAUUUGUUGAGUAUAAUUAAUUUUUGACAAGAAUCAUUUUUUAGAUUGACUUUUGCAAAACUUCUAGAGAUGUAAGACGACAGUCCUUAACUCCUCUUCAAACCCCAAUUCAGUAUACAUAAUGGUGUAAGUUUGUGGUCACGGGCCAUACAGGAAUAUCCUCUUCUUCUGAUGGGCAGUGACUGCAUGGCUCCAGUGACUCUGGACUACGAGGGAUUCGUGACGCACAUUGCAGGUAGAGAGGAGUGGCAGCAUUGCAACAGACCUGCAUUGCAAAAUGGGGGACCGUCCAGUACACAGAUGGCUCCAGAAUGAAUAACAGAGCUGGAUCAGGGCUUUGUGGUGGGAUCCCACAUACCAGUAGGGCAUACUCGCUGGGGGAGCACGCCACUGUCUUCCAGGCCGAAGUAUGCGCUGUAUUAAAAUGCGGACAGAAAAUCCUAAGCUGCGGACACCACAAUACAGUCGUAUCAAUAUGCUCGGAGAGCAGAGCUGCAAUUAAAGUUAUCACGGCCGCAAAGGUUGGCUGCAGGGUCCAGCUCGUCUGGAUAUCUGGCCACGCAGGCCAUGCAGGUAAUGAGGAAGCGGACUCUCUUGCCAGACUGGGAUCCGCGAAGGGUCUGCUGGACAAGUGGACCCACCGAAGAUGGACUGAGUCCCCUGGUAUGAGACAGGCCAAAGCGCACAAAGGUGGGCCCUCUGCCUGUCUCACCAAAAAUCUACUACGCCUAAAAAGACGCGAAAUUCGGCUAGUGACAGGUCUUUUAACUUAUCACUGGCACUUAAGAAGCCAUCUCCAUACUAUCGGUAUUGCGGACAACCCGGAAUGCCGAUGGUGCUGUAAGGAGGAUGAAACCGUUGACCAUGUAGUCGGGGAGUGCCCAGCACUCACGCGCGCCAGGUUCAAAUACUUGGCAAACACUUUCAAUGUACCGAGCGACUUUAAGCCCUUCAUACCAGAGAGCCUUAUCGGUUUCUCUAAGGCCGUUGGGCUCUGGUAACCCCCGGUGGGGCAUGACGCAAUUAGUUGAUGACGAAACUAAGUUCUUCCAGUAUUUUAGAAGGUCAAAAGAGCGAUUCGAAAUGUUGCUUUCAAUAAUUGGUGGUAACCUUAAGAAACAGGAUAUUAAAUUUCGGGCGGCAAUCUUACCAAGAAAGAAACUAGUAGUUUGUUUAAGGUAAGUAGAUAUAUUUUUCAAUUUUUUUAAUAAAAAAAAAUAGGUUUUAAUAUUUAAAGCAGAAAUAUUUUGUAAAUUCAAUACUUGGCCAUUUUCAAUUUAAACCUUCCAUUAUUUAAAUGAAAAAUAAGCAUGACCGUAUUUUCAGUAGAAAAUGUCCUUUAUUUUUAAUAUUUUAACAAA